GCGUCGACCGAUACGGCCCGCUCGGAGAUCAUCAUCAAUGGCGCUAUAUUCGACACGCCUGCCAACUCGGAAGGGUCUCGCUCUGACCUCCAUGCUUUCGUUCGUGGGCGUCCUCAACGGGAUCCCUUUGCAUCGCUGUCGAACUCGGGUUCACAGCAUAACCUACUUGCGGCCAACCUGGGCUACAUUCACAAUAAACACUUCCGCAAAUAAUUCGGUCGGCGCACUCGCAGACUCGAAUUUCCGGACGGUGAACACCCAGUUUUCACGGCUGCGCUGCUGUUGGUCAUGACCGUCGGACACACACAACGCGACCCUAAUUUUUCGCGUUCGAUCUAGGAACAUACAGAUGACAGGAUGGG